UCUAGCCACGGGCGGAGGUAGAGGUGGUAAGGCAAUAUAAUAGAAACUAGAAGAGGCCGCAUCGCUUGAUCUUUGAAAGAGUAGUUGAGAGAUGGGACUGAUCUCAUGCUUUUCGAUCCGUUUUCUGACGCUGCUCGUAUUAAUCGUCUCUUCAUUCUUGGUCAUGCAAUCACCUCAUUACGUUCACGCAGCUCAAUUCUCUCUUCCCUGCACGUGCCAACGAUAAAAAAAAUUCAGACCUGGGCGCUAGCAUCAAGUUGGUGUCAAUCAUGACAUCAGCAACCCUCGGGCUGGAGCACGGACUCGUUUCGCCUACGAACUGGCCCAAUUUCUUGUAACCCGCCUCUUGCCCAAGCAAGUUUGGCCGCUGAAACGCACAGCCUAGGCUUGGCCCUCUCCUGUCCUGGCUUGGGCAACUGGUGGAAACGCUCUAAGGAAACCAUAUGGUGUAUGUGAUGGUGGAAAAGUUUCAACUUUGAAUCCACAUCUACCGAUCAAUCAUCAUCAUGAUUUUUUUUUGGUCCAAGUUUUUUUUUUUGUCCUCCCCCCACCCACAAACCCAUACCCAUUCGACCCAAAAAAAAAACCCCAGACCAAUCAAAUAAUCAGGCUGAUCAUUAGACAAAAUGUUCCAUUGAGAGCCAUGGCUAUGGAAAUUGUGAAUUCGAAUUGUUCUCCAACUCCUGGAGCUUUGGGUUUCUUUAUAAGAUGUUUAGGUAGCGUAGAGUUGGUUCAAGAAGCUAAGGGCCUUUUUGGUAUUCAACUUGAAUCCAACUUUUUAAACUCAAAAACAAAAUUUGAGUCCAAAACAAAGGAAACCUAUUUGGUAGUCCUAUUUUUAAAAACUCAAACAAGAACAACUAAAAAACACCCCAAUUAUUAAAAACUGUUGUAAAUAAUUAGGUGUGGAGCCCACAUGUUGAAAGGCUUUGCCUACAAAAGGGUUCAUCCCUCAUUGUAAUUAAAACACACAGAUAUGAGAAGAGAAAACAUUCAAUGAAAGUUCAGUUUCUCCAAUUUCUCUCUAUCCCAAUUCUCUCUACAAUCUCUUUAGUUUAUAACACGUUAUCAGCACGAAUUCGCUUUAACAAUACCAGCUGAAUUCUCUAAUGAAACCCAACCAAACAAACACUUCCCUCUCUGUUUCUUCUUUGUUUUGUGACCCUCCUUGCAUAUCCGAACAAACUCCGGAUACAAUACCCAGAAACCAAAUGGCCACCAGGACCAUCACUAACCCACAAAGCCUUUUCCUUUCCCCCACACGCGUAAACCCAAAAUGGCUCAGAUUCUCAGAGACAGAGCAUUUGGAAAUUCAAAAAGACACAGCCAACGCCAUAAUCCAAUCCAAACCACCAUGCCCGUAUACCCAGUUGAAGACAUCCCCAACCCAUUUGGCGAACUGGGUCCGAACCUCUCCGACUCGGAGCUCCGAGAAACCGUCUACGAGAUCUUAGUCGAAGCCUGCCGGAGCUCUGGAGCCAAACCGCUUACUUACAUCCCGCAGUCCGAGAAGACCGACCGGUCCGACCGGACUACUCUGACUUCAUUGCCAUCAUCGUUUCAGAGGUCGACGUCAUCAGCGGCGAGCCGGGUCAAGAAGGCUCUGGGUUUGAAGCAAACGGCAUCGUCUAGGAGGAGGCUCGGUGAUGGUGAUUCAGUGAGUCAGGGGAAGACUAAGCGGUCUGGGACGGUUUGGGAGCUGAUGAGGUUUCAGAUGAGGGUUUCGGAGCAGACUGAUACCAGGGUCAGGAGAGCCCUUUUAAGGGUUGCUGCUGGUCAGCUUGGAAAGCGUAUAGAGUGCAUGGUUUUGCCUCUUGAGCUACUACAGCAGUUCAAGUCUUCAGAUUUUCCCAGUCAGCAAGAAUAUGAAGGCUGGCAGAGGAGAAAUUUGAAGGUUCUUGAUGCAGGGCUUCUUUUAUAUCCUUCUUUGCCUUUAGAUAAGAAAGACACUGCUCCUCAACAGCUCCAGAAGAUUAUUCGUGGGGCCUUAGAGAAACCCAUAGAAACUGGAAAGCACAAUGAGUCGAUGCAAGUUCUCCGCGGUGUUGUCAUGCCUCUUGCUUGCAGAUCAUUUGAUGGUUCUGUUUCUGACACAUGCCACAAAGGGUCUUGAGGUGGCGGAAACCCAGCAUGAGUGAAACCAGUAGCAGCAAACUAGACCAGGGUAUAGAGAAGAAGAAGCUCUCUACCCAGAAGAAGCAGAAGUACGCUUAUAUCCCUGACAACUUUUCAACCCUGGAACAGGGCUUCAAUGGCUGUGGUGGAGAGAAUAUGCUGUCGAGCACGCAUGAUCACAGCCCCCACCUACGAUAUGUUGUCGAGUGCGCAUGAUCGGAGCCCCCACCCACGCAUGAUCACAGCUGCACAGCAGCACAUAUCAUGGGUUGUGCUAUUCUGCUGCACAUAUAAAAACACCCACCAAAAUAAAGGGAUAAGUGGAAAGAAGAAAAGCCAACGUAAUAUAUCUAGCUUUCACUAAUAUAUCAGUAUAACAAUAUUACACUAUUUCAUCGUGGUGUUGAUAAGAACCCACAAAUAAUUGUCUUUACUUUUUCCACACAUUUAUUUUAUUUACUGUAUGGUGUAGGAUUAUUACCCAUACGACAGUAUUUAUUUAAAA